AUGGCUCUUGAAAGUAGAUUAUUCAGUGCACGACAUUGUAUCCAACCUCCACCAGAUCAGGUUUGCUGUGUUAUUUCUGUUAUUGUUUCUUUGACUUUUGGUCUUUCCCAUGGUUGGUUUCUUGCCAACUGUUGGGGCGUUGGGGUGUUUCUUGCCAACUGUUGGGUCCUCACUUACUGUUCACUGAGUGGGAUCAAGUUGCUACAUUUCAUCAAUCUAUGUGCUGUUGUUAGCUCUUCUCCUUCAAGCCUCUCUUUCAUGGAAGGUGCUGGUGGUGGUGGUUUUGGGUAUGUGAAUUUACAAAACAACCUUUCUUUAUAUAGACCUAGUCCUCCAUUAACAGCCAUAGAGAGGUUCUUGUCAAGCAAGAACAACCAUUUCUCUCAUAAACAGACUCAAAACAAUGUGCACAACCAAGGACUGCUCGUUCCGGCAAGCGUGUACGGUGGUUUUUCUUCUUCUGGUGGUGCAAUUGGUGGCUACUCAAGCGACUUUUUGGGGCCAAGUUUUUCGAAGAAUAGCUUCAUGGAUGGGCUUUUCCAUGAUAGUGAGACUCUUAAAUGGACAUAUGAAAUAGAUCCUAAUAUGGGCUUGAGAGAAGAUGACAAAUCAACAGAGAGGAAUUGUAAACGAGUGGCAAAGAGAGCAAAAUGUGGCUCUUCUACAACUACUCUGAUCAAAGGACAAUGGACAGAUGAAGAAGAUAGGAAACUGCUCAAUUUAGUGACGCAACAUGGAGUGAGAAAAUGGGCUCAGAUAGCAGAGAAUAUGGUUGGCAGGGCCGGAAAACAAUGCCGGGAGCGGUGGCACAAUCAUUUGCGCCCUGAUAUUAAGAAAGAUACUUGGACUGAAGAAGAAGAGAGCAUAUUGGUUGAAGCUCAUAAGAAAGUCGGCAACAGAUGGGCAGAAAUUGCCAAGAGAAUACCGGGAAGGACCGAAAAUUCAAUAAAGAAUCACUGGAACGCCACUAAAAGAAAGCAAAAUUCAAGAAGGAAUAACAUCAAGAAACCACAAGGCGGCCAGAAUUGGAAGUCUCAAUCUCAACCCACCAUACUCCAAGAAUACAUCAAAAGCAUGAAUCCAUCUAAUACGGCCGCCACCACCACUGGCUCCACCGUCACUGAAGACUUCUCAACCCAUUUUGCUCCUCUCGGGGACUUAUCUGAGUCCUCCAUUGAUGACUCUCCACAGUUUAUGAACAAAACAUUCGACGACGAACUGAACUUCAUGAUAAAUUUCUUCGGUACCAAAAAUGACCAGCCUCUGAAUGAUAAAAACAAUUCCAAGGCUUCAAUUGAGGCAAAAACAGCUCAAAAUAAUCAUUCGACGAGUGUUUUGCCUUAA